AUGGUCGAAACAAUCAAAAUCGAAACAACAACAAUACCAAUAACAACAACAACAACAACCAUACUCAUUCUCCUCAUCCUACCUCUUCUUCCCCUACCUCCGUCUAUUCUUCUGCCUAUUCUUCUCCUUCGUCAUCUUCUUCUCCAUCUCCUUCCCGUCGCCCCACUCGUUGUCACCAGACUGGCAGGGUGAGCGCGCUCACUCUGGCAGCCUGGAAUGUUCGUUCCCUUUUAGACAAUCCGAGGAGCAACCGACCGGAGCGGAGGACGGCGCUAGUGGCACGAGAACUGGCGCGCUACAACGUGGACAUCGCCGCACUCAGCGAGACCCGUUUCUCCGAACAAGGCCAACUGGAGGAGGUAGGUGCCGGCUACACCUUCUUCUGGAGCGGUCGACCCAGGGCAGAGCGACGAGACGCGGCCGUCGCCUUCGCCAUUCGGAACGACAUUGUGGGACGACUGCCCUGUUUGCCGCAGGGCAUCAACGAUCGCCUGAUGAGCCUCCGCCUGCCUCUCUGGGGAGGCAAAUUCGCCACCAUCAUCAGCGCCUACGCUCCGACGAUGACCAACCCCGACACCGUCAGAGACAAAUUCUACGAGGACCUGCACGCCCUCUUGGCGACUGUGUCGAAGGCGGACAAGUUGAUUGUCCUUGGCGACUUCAACGCCCGCGUCGGCACAGACCAUACUGCCUGGAGAGGAGUGCUGGAUCCCCACGGUCUCCGCGGCUCAAACGACAAUGGUCUGCUGCUUCUCCGCACCUGCACAGAACACCGCCUUAUCCUGACAAACACGUUCUUCUGUCCGCCGGAGCGAGAGAAGGCCACCUGGAGGCAUCCUCGGUCGCGCCAGUGGCACCUGCUGGACUAUGUCCUCGUCCGGAGGCGAGAUCAGCGGGACGUGCUGGUGACGAAGGCGAUCGCGGGUGCUGACGGGUGGACCGACCAUCGCCUCGUCAUCUCGAAGAUGCGUAUUCGCCUACAGCCUCGCAGGAGACCACAAGGUAAGCGACCCCCAGGUAAGCUGAAUGUUGCCUUGUUGUCUUUGCCCGCUCACCAUCUCCAUUUCAGCAAUGAGCUAGCUCAACGGCUAGACAACCUUCCUAUCGCUGCCGCCGNUCCCCGACUCCAGGGAUGAGGAUCAGGACUACACCUGCCCUCACUGCGACCGUACUUUCACCUCGCACAUCGGCCUGGUCGGUCACUUGCGAAUCCAUCGCACAGAGCCUGGCGAACCAGUGCCUGGAGCACUAA